AUGAUAAGCGCCAGCAGAGCCGCAGCCGAACGUCUCGUGGGCACCACAGCGUCCUGGAGUUUGGUGGCCGCCCGUCAUCAAUCAGUGGCAAGCAAAGGUGUAGUUGUGGGUAUUGAUUUGAGUACUGCCAACUCCUGUGUGGCGGUUAUAGAGGGCAGACAAGCAAAGGUCCUGCAGACUGCUCGAAGUACCAGAACUACACCUUCUGCCUUUACAGAAGCUGGAGAAAAACGUGUUGGCAUGCCAGCAAAGCGACAGGCUAUCACCAACCCAAACAACACCUUCUAUGCUACCAAGCGUCUGAUUGGGAGUUGCUAUGAUGACCCCGAUGUACAGAAAGUCACCAAAAAUGUUCCCUUUAAAAUUGUCCGUGCCUCUCAUGGUGAUGCCUGGGUUGAGGCUCAUGGGAAACUUUCUCCUAGUCAGACUGGAGCAUUUGUGUUGAUGAAGAUGAGGCUGCUGAAAAAGUACUCGGGUCACACAGAAAAAAAAAAUGCUGUGGUCACGGUCCCUGCUCAUUUCAAUGACUCACAGCGACAGGCCACUAAGGAUGCUGGCCAGAUAGCUGGGCUAAGUGUUCUUCGAGUGGUUAGUGAACUUCCAGCUGCCGCCCUGGCAUAUGGUCUGGACACAUCUGAAGAAAAAGUCACAGCUGUGUAUGGUUUAGGUGGUGGAACCUUUGACAUUUCUAUCCUGGAAAUUGUGGAAGGAAUGUUCGAGGUGAACUCCACCAGUGGGGAUGCUUCAUUAGGUGGGGACAAUUCUGACCAGGCUUUGUUACAGCCCAUUGUCAAGAGGGAGUUCAAGAGGGAGAUGGGUGACUUCACCAACGACAACCUGGCACUUCAAAGGGUUCGGGAAGCUGCUGAGAAGGCUAAGUGUGAACUCACCUCAUCUGUGGAGACUGACAUAAUGACACUUCUUAUAAUGGAUGCUUCUGUACCCAAGCAUUUGAAUAGGACGCUAACCCGCACAGAAGGCAUCGCCGCAGAUCUAAUCAAGAGAACUAUUGCUCCGUGUCAGAAAGCUAUGCAAGAUGCAGACGUCAGCCAGCGUGACAUAAGAGAAGGGAUUCUGGUUGGGGGCAUGAUGAAGAUGCCCAAGGUUAAGCAGACUGUGCAAGAUAUUUUUGGCAGAGCCCCGAGUAGAAAUGUAAAUCCUGAUGAGGCUGUAGCCAUCGAAGCUGCCAUUCAGGGAGGUGUGCUGGCUGGUGAUGUCAUAGAUGUGCUGGCUGGUGAUGUCAUAGAUGUGUUCCUCCUGGAUGUCACUCCCUCUCUGGGUAUUGAAACUCUGGGAUGAGUCUUUAUGGAACUUAUUAAUAGGAACACCACUAUUCCAACCAAAGAGAGACAGGUAUUUUCUCCCACCGCUGAGGGACAAACUCAAGUAGAGAUUAAAGUGUCUCAGGGAGAGCGAGAGACUGCAGACAACAAACUUCUAGGACAGUUCACUUUGGUUGGAACCCCAGCCCCUCGUGGAGUCCCUCAAAUUGAAGUUACAUUUGACAUUGAUGCCAAUGGUAUUGUACACGUUUCUGCCAAAGAUAAAGGAAUGGGCCAUGAACAACAGAUUGUGAUCCAGUCUUCUGAUGGAUUAAGAAACGUGUGGAAUCAGUUAAUAUGGCUGAAGGGUUUCUCUGUGUAG